AUGCCGGAGCUCUGCGACAUCAGCUACUCACGCGAGGAGUGCAUCGCCGCAGUACGUGGGUACUACCAAUUUCUUACCACCCUAUAUCUAAAGGAGGGCGAUAUCCUGGAGCCGCCAGAAGGAGGCUGGCCCUCAGUUACCCCUAGUGCCAUACAACAGUUGGGCAAAACAGAUGAAGUCGCGUCGCUACUACGGUAUCUUCCCUAUAUACGCCAGCCUGGAAAUGGUGGACCACAGAGCUUCCCAUAUAGCUACUUUGCAAACUGGGAGGACGCUUGUGCCUAUAUGGAUCAGGGGAAAUCAAACCCUGAGGGUAUUAAAGUAUGCUCAGAGGGUUAUGAUAUAAAUAAUGUACCACCUCAUGUUAUUGGUCUUACAAGCGGUGGACGGAAUAAUUUCCUUCUUCUCCUUGAUACAGAGCUUGGUGUUAUUUAUUGGCCAGAGUGCCAUGGAGAUAUUCAACAUGACGAUGAUACCCCCUGGGAGCGAGUUUGGGAUGACCCGUAUGAUUAUGCACUGAUAAGUGAGGUAGAGUGGCGCGCUGAGGGUGCGUACUGGGCUAUCCCUGACUUCUUUGAAAUUCUCAAGGACCAGUUUCGCCGUCUGCUCUUCGUCCCUACUAAUACGCUCACUGUUAUCGAUGUCUAUCAUUACGGCGAUUUGUCUGGGUUUGUUGAGUUUUUACAGGGGAUUUAUCGAGAGCAUGGCUGGCCGGACCUUGAACAAUACAACAAGUUCGAAUGUCUCAAAGAUAUACGAAAGCGGUUAAUGGAGAAGUAUCCCGACAAUGUGGACCCGAACGAAGACCCGCACGGAGGCUCGAACGAAGGCCCGAACGAAUAG